UUAAUUAUCUUAUUUUCAAAAAACAGCAUCCCAGUUUUCAAAAAAAAAAAAUAGCCUCCCAUAUCUUUUGAUGCUGCCUAUCUUUUUUUUUUUUUUUUCAAAAUGCAUCAACCAUUUCUUCUUCUUCUUUCAGGGGAUAUAUGCAUUUUUGUGAACCUUAUCUAGCCAUUCUUGAUUUUGUGGGCAACAUGAAUUUGUUUUCAACAUUUGCCCAUUGCCAACCGCUCUCCGGAUUGAGCGAAUUCCCUAGUAAGCAUUCUCUAUCCUGGUUCCAAACUACUCCGUAGUGCAAAUUCUUCGAGUUCCAGCUGCUAUAUUUAAACUUCGAAUUAUCUCUUACUUUUCCAUAUUGAGUGAAUUAAUACAAACAAAAGGAAGAAUUAAUUUCUACACAGGCAUCCUGCUCUAUGGCUUCUUUGAAACUUUCACUUUUCUUAGACAGUUCUUUGGAACCUAAGAAGCCCAAUAAUUUCAUGGUCAAUUCUGUCCAGUUCACCCAUGGUUGCUCCCCUGCGUUUUCCGGGUAUAUACAUUUCACCAGCUUGUUUGUAUUGAACCCAUUUUGUAAAUCAAAUCACAUUAGGGGUUGUCUAUCUCGUACUGAUCUUUUGGAUAAGUAUGAACUGGGUUUGGGUGAUGAUGUGAUUGAUGUCUCGAGUGAGGACUUGGGGAAUAAUUCUAUCUCUGGAAGAUCUAAUUCAAACUCUAAACUUAGAAAUAAGGGGUUAGGUUUUCACAAGAAGAGGUCCAUUGGUUCAAAUAGUUCAAGCAAUGACUCAAACAUGAAACCCAAAUUUAGGAGGAAGGACCGGGAACUUGGAAACAAGCAUGAUGCCAGAAUGAGCUCCCAAGAGGAAAGUGCUGGAGUAAAUGAGGAAAGAAUAGUUGAUUUUGAUGUUAACAAAAUUAGGCCUGACAUGAGCUUAGAGAGGUGCAACGCGAAGUUGAAGCAGCUAGAAGAGUGUAAUGGUAAGGAAGCAUUGGUGUUUUUUGAUUGGAUGAGACGAAACAGUAAGUUGAAGCAGAAUGUGACUGCUUACAAUCUAAUUCUACGGGUUUUAGGGAGCAUGCAAGAUUGGGGUGGGGUUGAAGCAGUGGUAAAUGAAAUGAUUACCGACUCUGGAUGUGAGCUUACAUCUCAAGUUUUCAAUACCAUUAUAUAUUCUUGCCGGACAGGAGGCCUUGUUGAGUUGGGUUCUAAGUGGUUUCGUAUGAUGUUGGAAAAUGGGGUUCAGCCUAAUAUUGCUACUUUUGGGAUGCUAAUGAGUCUUUACCAGAAACAGUCAAAUGUGGAGGAAGCUGAAUUUACAUUUUCAAAGAUGAGGGCUCUUGGAAUAACCUGUCAAUCCGCAUACUCAUCUAUGAUUACCAUAUACAUGAGAUCAGGCCUACAUUGUAAAGCUGAAGAAGUGAUUGACUUCCUGAAAGAAGAUGAAGUAGUCUUGAAUCAAGAGAAUUGGUUGGUUCUGCUUAAUACUUACAGUCAACAAGGCAAGAUGGAUAAAGCUGAGCAGAUCUUGGCUGCAAUGCUCAAAACUGGAUUCAGCCUUGACAUAAUUGCAUAUAACAUACUGAUCACUGGAUAUGGCAAGGCAUCCAAAAUGGAUGCUGCCCAGCGCUUGUUUGAUGACCUUAGAAGUUUUGGAGUGUAUCCUGAUGAAACCACUUAUAGGUCCAUGAUUGAAGGUUGGGGCCGAGCAAGAAAUCACACUCAGGUAGAGAGGUAUUAUGCAGAACUAAAAACCAUCGGUUAUAAGCCUAACUCUUCGAAUUUGUACACAAUGCUAAUUUCGCGACCCAGAAAUGUAGGAGAAGAGGGUGCCAUAAGGAUUAUUGAUGAAAUGGUGAUGAACGGUUGUCAAAAGGCAUUCAUCAUUGACAUUGUUUUACAAACAUAUGCUAAGGCUGAGCGCUUUGAUAAAGUGCCUUUUCUUUUGAAGGGGUCUCUGUAUGACCAUGUUCUGAAGAGCCAGACUUCUUGUUCAACUCUAGUAAUUGCUUAUGUACGCAACAGCAUGAUAGAGGAUGCACUGAAAAUUCUAAAUGAAAAGCUAUGGAGUGAUUCUUUAUUUGAGGACAACUUAUACCAUGUCUUAAUUUGCUUAUGCAGAGAUCUUGGCCAACCAGAGAACGCUGUCAAGCUGUUCACUUGCAUGCCAAAGGGCGAUAAGCCCAAUUUGCAUAUACUCUGCACAAUGAUUGACAUUUACAGUUCUAAGAACUUGUUUGCUGAGGCCGAAAAUCUUUAUUUACAGUUAAAAACUUCAGGUGUUGCCUUGGACAUGAUAACCUUCAGUGUUGUGAUAAGAAUGUAUGUCAAAUCUGGACUUUUAGAGAAAGCAUGUUCCGUUUUGGAUUUCAUGGAAAAACAAAAAACCAUUGUUCCUGACAUAUAUCUGGUCCGGGAUAUGCUUCGUAUCUAUCAGAGGUGCAACUUGAAUGACAAAUUGGCAGAUCUCUACUACAAAGUCUUGAAACAAAAAGACGAUUGGGAUCAAGAGAUGUACAACUGUGUUAUAAAUUGCUGUGCCCGAGCAUUGCCAGUCGAUGAGCUGUCAAAUAUCUUCUUUCAGAUGAUUCAUCAAGGAUUCUCACCUAAUACAGUUACAUUCAAUGCUAUGCUUAAUGCUCUUUGUAGAUCUAGACUUUUCGAAAAGGCGAGGAAAGUUUUGAACUUGGCUCAUAAGCAUGGUCUAGCUGAUGUGAUCACAUACAACACACUCAUUGCUGCUUAUGGGAAAAAUAAGGACCUUGAGAAUAUGGCAUUGACUGUAAGGGAAAUGCAGUUCAGAGGCUUUACUGUCACUCUUGAAACUUACAAUUCCAUGUUGGAUGCAUAUGGGAAAGAAGGUCAGAUGGAGAAGUUCCGUGAAGCAUUACUGAGGAUCAAGGAAUCUGGUUUUGCUUCUGAUCGUUACACCUACAAUAUUAUGAUUAAUAUUUAUGGGACACAAGGUUGGAUUGACGAAGUUGCUGGUGCACUAAUGGAUCUAAAAGAUUCUGGAAUUGGACCUGAUUUGUGCAGCUAUAACACUUUAAUAAAGGCAUAUGGGAUUGCAGGAAUGGUUGAUGAAGCUGUGGAUUUGGUCAAGGAGAUGAGAAGGAAUGGAAUAGAACCGGAUCGAAUAACUUACACCAACCUGAUUUCUGCAUUGCAAAGGAAUGAAAAGUUCCUAGAAGCUGCUAAAUGGUCAUUGUGGAUGAAACAGAUAGGGGUAUAAAAUAAAUCCGGCACAUCAAUCACUUCUUUGUUAAGUAUCAUGGCGCUCCUUUGUUAUUUGUUGACAUCCAACCCUCCUGGGCUCAAAAUAGCUAUCCAACAGGCCAAGAAAAUUUUUCAGAGGAAGCUGGCUUAUAAAUAUUAAUCAGUAUGACUGUACUAAUGCAUUAGUAUAUACCAAUACCAAAAUGCGGGAUUGCCAAAGGCAUGUUAUGUUUCUGGUGGCGGUGGCAGUUCAUUAUAUAUGUUCUCAAGGACUUGGUGAGAAGCCGUUCUAUCUCCAACCAAGGUCAAAUAUGAGUCCUUAUAUCGUGCUGGGAUGUUGUUGGAGUAAUGAUCUGUGUUUGGAAACUUGGAGUAGAUGUAUUUGAUGUAAAUAAACCCCACCCCAUUAAUUAAAGUGUGCAUGUAACCUUGCUAAGCAUGCCUUUUUAUUAAGUUGUAAUGUAGUAUAUAUGCCAAUACUUUGGUCCAAUAAUGAUAAUAAUAAUUAUGAGAUUAUCAUUGGGAUUAAUUGAGCCGAAAGAAUGACAAAUGAAAUCUU